AUGGCGGACGGUCUCGGGGCUGUUGCCCAGCUUUUGGAGGCAAGCUUGGAUCCCAGGCAAAACAAGCAAGCCGAACUUGCUCUUCGUCAGGAAGAGAAGAAACCCGGCUUCUCGUUGUCGCUCCUUCACAUCACCGCUUCCGCUUCCUAUCCCUACAACACCCGCCUUGCUAGCGCCCUAUGCUUCAAGAACUUCAUUAAGCGAAACUGGACGGAUGAAGAUGGAAACUACAAGCUUCAGCUGGACGAGGUCACUACUAUCAAGCAGGAACUGAUCAGUUUGAUGGUUUCUGUCCCUGCUGGUAUUCAGACCCAGUUGGGAGAGGCCGUCAGUGUGAUUGCCGACAGUGAUUUCUGGGAGAGAUGGGACAACCUGGUGGAUGACCUUGUUUCCAGACUUCAGCCGGGUAACCCUUCCACCAACAUUGGUGUGCUCCAGGUUGCGCACUCGAUUUUCAAGAGAUGGAGGCCUCUUUUCCAGUCGAACGAGCUGUACACUGAAAUUAACCAUGUCCUUGAACGAUUUGGGACUCCGUUUCUCUCUCUUUUCGAGGGCCUGGAUGCUUAUUUAGAGGAAAACAAAUCCAAUAAAGAGAACUUGGCCCAAGGGUUCACGCAAUUUAACUUGAUGAUUAAGUUGCUGUACGAUUUGUCCUGCCACGACCUUCCUCCGAUGUUCGAAGAAAAUAUUUCAGGGAUAGCUUCUCUCCUACUCAAAUACCUUACAUAUGACAACCAACUGCUUCAUACCGACGAUGACACAGAGGCGGGGCAAUUGGAAUUUGCCCGGGCUGGAAUAUUUGAGGCGUUGACCCUCUACGUGCAAAAGUAUAUGGAUGUGUUCCAGGCUCAGGUCGGCCAGUUCGUCGGGAGCUCCUGGAGUUUCUUGACCACCAUUGGCCAGGAGACCAAAUACGAUAUCUUGGUCAGUAAGGCCCUGCAGUUCUUGACUUCAGUUGCAAGUAUGCCGGAGCAUGCAAGUGUUUUCCAAGAGGAGGGCACUCUCAGCCAGAUUAUCGAGAAGGUCAUUCUUCCGAACGUCAGCCUGCGGGAAUCGGAUGAAGAACUCUUUGAAGACGAACCAAUUGAAUUCAUUCGGAGAGAUCUUGAAGGAUCGGACAGCGAGACCAGACGGCGAGCUGCUACUGAUUUCUUGAGACGGUUGGCUGAGAAGUUUGAGGAGUCGGUCACCAAGGUUGUUCUUCAGUACACCGAGCACUACCUGGCAGAAUACACGAAGGAUCCCUCGAAUUGGAAGGCUAAGGAUACCGCUACUUAUCUCUAUUCGGCCAUUGCCGCCAAGGGCACUGCUACAGCCAGCCACGGUGUUACCGCCACUAACCCUCUCGUCAGCAUCACCGACUUCUUCCAAAAGCAUCUCGCUGUGGACCUUGUUUCUCAGGAUGGAGCGCACCCAAUUCUCAAGGUCGACGCCAUCAAGUACCUCUACCUCUUCCGCAGUAUCAUCACGAAGGAGCAAUGGCAAGAAGUGUUGCCUCUGCUGGUGAACCACCUUGCUUCGGAGAACUACGUGGUGUACACGUAUGCGGCAAUCGCAGUUGAACGGGCACUCUAUCUUACGGAUGCCCAUGGCCAACCUAUCAUUGCGCCUGCCGGAAUUACACCAUUGGCCAAGGACCUCCUGGAGCACAUCUUCCAGCUGAUCCAGAAAGACCCUGCUCCUCAAAAGGUGCAGGAGAACGAAUUCUUGAUGAAAUGUGUCAUGAGAGUUCUCAUCGUCAUCAGAGACGGCGUUGUUUCGUUCACCGACAACAUCCUUCAGCACCUGAUCAACAUCACCCAGAUAAUCUCCUCCAACCCCAGCAACCCGAGAUUCUACUACUUCCACUUCGAAGCGAUGGGUGCUUUCAUUCGAUUUGCCGCCCCUGCCAACCCCGACAAGCUGGAGCAAUCUCUUUACACACCAUUUGCAGCAGUCCUCCAGGGCGACGUGCAAGAAUUUAUGCCGUACAUUUUCCAGCUCUUCGCAGCUCUCCUUGAAGCCAACCCUUCUGCGACACUGCCAAGCUACUACCAGAACUUGAUUGCUCCUAUUCUCAUGCCUGUCAUGUGGGAAUCUAAAGGAAACAUCCCUGCGCUCGUCCGGUUAUUGUCUUCCAUUAUUCCCCGCGGCUCGCAGUACAUCCUGGAGAACAACCAGAUUAUGCCUAUUCUCGGCAUUUUCCAGAAGCUGCUCUCGACCAAGGCCAAUGAAAGCCAUGGCUUCGACCUUUUGGAGAGUGUCGUUGCAUCCUUCCCUCCGACUGCGUUGGAGGCGUACUUUGUCUCUAUCAUGCAGAUCAUCCUCACCCGGCUCCAGAGCUCGAAGACAGAAAACCUAACUCUCCGCUUUGUCCGCUUCUACCACUUCAUCUCCGCCCAUGACAACAAGGGCUACAGCGCCGACUUCUUCAUCCAGGCCACAGAGAACGUGCAAGCAAACCUGUUCAAGUCCAUUUACCUGAGCAUCAUCCUCCCCGAAACCCAGAAGCUUGCUCGCCCAUUAGAUCGCAAGACGGCCGUAAUCUCGCUCGCUAAGACCCUGGCCAACUCGGAAGCAUUCGCGAACAAGUACCAGAAAGGUUGGGGUUUCACAUGUGAGGCGCUGCUCAAACUCUUGGAGCUGCCACCUCUUCCGGUCAGCAAGGACGAUAUCAUCGCCGAACACGACGUCGAAGACAUGGCAUUUGGAGUUGGAUUCACAGCACUGAACACCGUGCGUGCCCAGCCCAAGGACCCCUGGCCCGAGACCGGUGCCGAUCUCAAGGCGUGGGUUGGCCGGUACCUGAAGGAGGCCGAUAAGAUGCACGGCGGCCGAGUUUCCGCAUUCGCGCAGGAGCGCCUCGGGGAUGAGGCCAAGGCUGUGCUGGGAAGCUACAUUGCAUAG